CAGCUGCGCCUCGGGCCCUGUGGGCAGGGCGGCGGGAGGUGAUCCCGGCUGCUGCUGCUGCUGCUCAACAAGAAGAUAAGAAAAUUGAGAAGGCAUGGAGACACUUCAUCACCAGUUAUCCAUGGUCACAUACAUCAUUUGACCAGAGACAGGGCCUCACUGUGUCACCAAGGCUGCCCUCGAACUCCUGGGCUCACUCCAUCCUCCCUCCUCAACCUGCCAAGUAGCUGGGACCACAGGUGUGCUCCAGCGUGCCCGGCUCCUACUGCAUUCUAUUUACCCACUCAUCGGUAGAUGUGCGCUUGGAUUUCUCCCACCUUUUGGAUAUGGCGGAUAGUGCUACUGUGAGCUUUGGUGUCAGAAUGGAAGCAAGGAAAGGAAAUCGGCUGACCCAGGAGCCCGAGUGAGACCCGCAGACUUGCAGACACAACCUACACCAUGAACUUGAGUCCACCUUCUAUGUGUUGAGAGCCAAGGGCAGGUGAAGUUGCCAGAGAGCAAUGGCUCUUUUUACUCCCUGGAAGUUGUCCUCUCAGAAGCUGGGCUUUUUCCUGGUGACUUUUGGCUUCAUUUGGGGUAUGAUGCUUCUGCAUUUUACCAUCCAACAGCGAACUCAGCCUGAAAGCAGCUCUGUGCUGCGGGAGCAAAUCCUGGACCUCAGCAAAAGGUACAUCAAGGCACUGGCAGAAGAAAACAGGAAUGUGGUAGAUGGGCCAUACGCUGGUGUCAUGACAGCUUAUGACCUGAAGAAAACUCUUGCUGUACUAUUGGACAACAUUUUGCAGCGUAUUGGCAAGCUAGAAUCGAAGGUGGACAAUCUCGUUAUCAAUGGCACAGGAACAAACUCGACCAACUCCACCACAGCUGUUCCCAGCUUGGUAGCACUUGAGAAAAUUAAUGUAGCAGAUAUCAUUAAUGGAGCUCAAGAAAAAUGUGUAUUGCCUCCUAUGGAUGGCUACCCCCACUGCGAGGGGAAGAUCAAGUGGAUGAAAGAUAUGUGGCGCUCAGAUCCCUGCUACGCAGACUAUGGAGUGGAUGGGUCCACCUGCUCUUUUUUUAUUUACCUCAGUGAGGUUGAAAAUUGGUGUCCUCAUUUACCUUGGAGAGCAAAAAAUCCCUACGAAGAAGCUGAUCAUAAUUCAUUGGCGGAAAUUCGUACGGAUUUUAAUAUUCUCUACAGCAUGAUGAAAAAGCAUGAAGAAUUCCGGUGGAUGAGACUCAGGAUCCGGAGAAUGGCUGAUGCGUGGAUUCAAGCAAUCAAGUCCCUGGCAGAAAAGCAGAAUCUUGAAAAGAGAAAACGGAAGAAAGUCCUCGUUCACCUGGGACUCCUGACCAAGGAAUCUGGAUUUAAGAUCGCGGAGACGGCAUUCAGUGGUGGCCCUCUCGGUGAAUUAGUUCAGUGGAGUGAUUUAAUUACAUCUCUGUACUUACUGGGCCAUGACAUUCGGAUUUCAGCCUCACUGGCUGAGCUCAAGGAAAUUAUGAAGAAGGUAGUGGGGAACCGAUCCGGCUGCCCUACUGUAGGAGACAGAAUCGUCGAGCUCAUUUAUAUUGAUAUUGUAGGACUCGCUCAGUUCAAGAAAACCCUGGGACCAUCCUGGGUUCAUUACCAGUGUAUGCUCCGAGUCCUUGAUUCCUUUGGAACUGAACCAGAGUUUAACCAUGCGAAUUAUGCCCAGUCUAAAGGCCAUAAGACUCCCUGGGGAAAAUGGAAUCUGAACCCUCAACAGUUUUAUACCAUGUUCCCUCACACCCCAGACAACAGUUUUCUGGGGUUUGUGGUCGAGCAGCACCUGAACUCCAGCGACAUCCACCACAUUAACGAAAUCAAAAGGCAGAACCAGUCCCUUGUGUAUGGCAAAGUGGAUAGCUUCUGGAAGAAUAGAAAGAUCUACUUGGACAUCAUCCACACGUAUAUGGAAGUGCAUGCAACAGUUUAUGGCUCCAGCACAAAGAAUAUUCCCAGUUACGUGAAAAACCACGGCAUACUCAGUGGACGGGACCUGCAAUUUCUUCUCCGAGAAACCAAGUUGUUUGUUGGACUUGGGUUCCCUUAUGAGGGCCCAGCUCCCCUGGAGGCUAUUGCAAAUGGAUGUGCUUUUCUGAAUCCCAAGUUCAACCCACCCAAAAGCAGCAAAAACACAGACUUUUUCAUCGGCAAGCCAACACUGAGAGAGCUGACAUCCCAGCAUCCGUAUGCUGAAGUUUUCAUUGGCCGGCCGCAUGUUUGGACUGUCAAUCUCAACAAUCAGGAGGAAGUCGAGGAUGCAGUGAAAGCGAUUUUGAAUCAGAAGAUUGAGCCAUACAUGCCCUACGAAUUUACAUGUGAGGGGAUGUUGCAGCGAAUCAAUGCAUUCAUCGAAAAACAAGACUUCUGUCACGGGCAGGUGAUGUGGCCGCCCCUCAGUGCCCUACAAGUGAAGCUUGCUGAGCCUGGGCAGUCCUGCAAGCAGGUGUGCCAGGAGAACCAGCUUAUCUGUGAGCCAUCAUUCUUCCAGCACCUCAACAAGGACAAGGACCUACUGAAGUAUGAAGUGAUCUGCCAAAGCUCAGAGCUGGCCAAGGACAUCCUGGAGCCCUCCUAUGACCCCAAGAGCAAGCACUGUGUGUUUCAAGGGGACCUGCUGCUCUUCAGCUGUGCAGGCGCCCACCCCAGGCACCGGAGGAUCUGCCCCUGCCGGGACUUCAUCAAGGGCCAAGUGGCCCUCUGUAAAGACUGCCUAUAGCAGCUGCCAGCUUAGCCCCACAUGAAGUCUGCUGGGGAAGAUGGUGGCUCCACUGGGCAGAGACGGGGGGCAGAAAUCAUUCAGGGACUCUGGCCAGAGCCUGAACUUUUUUGGUCUAAGGUUUGGAUUGGGGAUUGCUCCUGCUGAGGUUAACGCCUCCCCCAGGGAGUUUUCGCCAAAACAAACACAAGAGCAGUUGUGAGGCAAGGAGCCUGGCUUCUUGUACAAGGAACAUCCUUCCUAUUUUGUGAGGAGCAGCUGUAGGGAGAUUGUCAAUGCAGGUGCUCCAGGGUGGGGGAAAAAAAAAUCUCGUGAUUCAUUUAAAACAAAAGAGGAGAAAUGAGCUGAUUAGAAAGAACUUUGGGAACAUUCCUAAACCCAUUAACUUAUUUAUUUGGGAGGGAGGGAGGGGGACAGGGAGGGAGGAAUGGGAUCGAUCACACCUUUCUUCUUUUAUUUCCCACUGUUAGUCAUUCUCGAUACUGCUGUUCCUUCUGUCUGCCUCAGGCAGGUACAGUGGGGCCAAUGGUGUGCUCAAGGGCAGCUAUGGGGACCUGACUUCUGGAAGCAGGUGGCAGCAGAGCAAAAGAAACUCUUGCUUUGGAAACACAGGCAAACUGUCCAGGGCAUUGUCAUCAAGUGGAGGCAUCCUGUGUGUACUUGGCAAAUGGCAGCUAAAAGACAGUUAACCCCUUUGGUAGGGGGGACGUGGCUGUCAUGUCCAGAGAACCCAGUCAUGGACAGAAGUCAGCCAGGGACGUCUGCUUUAUAGUCGAGAGAGACCCUUUCCUGUGUGUUCCCACCAACCCACCCACCUUGGCCCUAAUUGGGCUAGAAUGUCCUUAGAAAAGAAAUGCAGGAUUGUAGAAUUUUUUGUUAGCUAAUUUAUGGUAACUUGGCCCUCUCUGAUACGCUACUAUAAGGAGAGUAGAGGUGUGGGACUCAGAGAACUACCUUUGGACUUGGAGGGAUGGCCUUCUAGCUUUCAGACAGCUGAGCUUCAGAAAGGAAUGAAUUCGGUUCUUAAGAUUAGUGGAACUAUCGAAGAACACCUCACAGGUGUUCUGGUGUUAUAUUCCUUCUGAAGUCUGAUAUCACCAAAGUCCAGGGAAUGGGGCUUUCAGUGAACAUUUGAUGUUUGCUGGGAGAGCAGGAACAGCUCAGGAUGAGUGCCCUGCACUGCCCUGACCACUCUCCCAUUGGUGUCACUUGCAAAGGGCGAAAGCGUUGGGCAGACUUUACUCCAGGCAGAGUUGUUCUGAGAGGGCUGAGCAACCCCACUGAAUGAGCUCACCAGCAGGCUGGGCAGACAUGUUGCACCCACCUUCCACACACCCUGGAGCCCUGUGCUCUGUUUUUUUGUAAGUUCCCAUAUCCGCUGAAGCACUGCUUCCAUGCUCUGCAAAUGUUUAUGGGUUUCUCAUGAGGCCCCUGACACCUCCACCAUUCCUAUGAGAGUGAGCCGUCAUCUUCUUCUGUGUAGGAGCUGCCAGCAUCGUCCACUCAGCUCUGGAUGGUGGUUUGGUGUACUGAACAGCCUGCAGUCCACACCAGAGACCGUUUCCUAGCACCCUGCCUGUGGGGGUGCAGCCAGGUGGAGCCUCUGCCAGGUAGAACAGCUGGGCGAGGCUAAUGAUGGAGUAGGCCUUCAGGAAAUGAGGGAAGGGAAAAAUUCUGCUUUGUGGGGAGCAGAGAACCUCUACAUCUGGAAAAUUGAACUGCCUGCUUCUCAGUUUCUACCAUGGUGCAUAAAUAACAACUGCACAGCCAACCUUUUUUUUUUUUUUUCCCCCCUUAGCCCCUCAGAUCACUGCUCAGUAGAUCUGAAUUUCACCUCCAGUUCCAGAGACAGAGAGAGAGUGGGGAGGGGCAGCCAAGGUCUCCACCCUUCAGGUGUUCCCUGAGCACAUCUGCCAGGGAAACUACCAGUGGGAACACCUCUGCCUAGAGCACUGAUGCAGGGGACUUGCUGGAAAUAGCCUUUUCCUGGGCCCAGCACCACGGGUGGAAGUCCAGAUAAAACCCAGUUUGUUAUGGUAGCUAGUGCACGGGUUUUAAGUUUGAAAUGGCAGUUUCUGCAGUAGGAAGGGGAAGAACUGGCAUCCUCACUCUUGAGGAAGGACAUUUUCCCUGUGAGUGGGCCUCUUGGCUGCUCCCUAGCAAGUGGGAGUUUGCUUGGGUUACCACACCUGUUAUUCCUAGGCCAGCUCCGCCCUCUCCUGGGCUCUUCAGGGAAUUUCCCAGGCUGCUGAUGACCGUGUGGGAAUCCCACCAGCAGGGGGCGCCUGCAGGCUGAGCUUGCUUUCCCAGGCAGGGCUGUGUCAACCUACUUAGCAGACAACUGUUUCAAGAAGCCUGGGAGUUCAGAAAGCAGAAAACCUUGUAAAGCAACAUUGUCCCUGGCAGAAGCUUCAAGCAUCACUCCCUAUCUGUCCCUGGACUCGGGGGGGGGGGGGGUCUCUUCACCUUUCUGAUCCUCUUAUCAGGCAGCCCAGAAGAGUACUUUCUCCCAUUUAAAAAUUCCUCUAACUUCCUAAGUCUAGUCUCAGCUGGAAGUAAACCUAAGUUCCCUGGCUGGGGCUGCUGCUCUUGGGGCAAAGUAACCCACACUCCUGUUGUUAAGGGCAUUGUUGAUGGAGUUGGUGACACCUGAAUGUGUACCAGCCCCGAGACCUCCUAUGACUUGUUCCAAGUUUGGUUCUCCAGGGGAAACUGGGGAGGGGCUUCCAUUGGCCCAGUGUGGGGUGUGAAGAAGAAAAAGGAUGGUGCCUCUGAUAGUGUGGGCUGGGCGCCUGCAGCAGUUUUACCAUUGCUAUUUUUAUAUAGAAACCUAAACUGAUUUGUAAUUGAUAACCAAUCCACAGGGAGAGAGAUCCGAAAUCAGGAUUGAUGUUUUCCUGUGCUAUAAUCAUAUCUUGCCUGGCCUUUAGAAUUAUUUUUCCCAUUGUGAUCUUGAGACAAAAACUUAAGGGAAAAACAUCUAAUUUAUUAAGAGAAAGCUUUCCUUUGUAAGGUAAAUACUUUCCAGAGUAAACACUCCGGAAAGGGAAAACACACUUCUUUGAAUGCCAGUAAACACCUCAUUUAUUUUGUGUAUGCAAUUUGAUUUGCACAUGUACAAAUGGAGAUGCUUUUUGCAUUUUUGCUUUGAUUGGGUUUUUGUCAGUGCUUAUUACAGUUUACUUUUUGUGUUUGCUGUGUGUUUGGAAUGUUAGAGUCUGUCUCUUGGUGAUGUUUAUUUUCCUGCUGUGCCUUUUCACUUUUCUUUGGGGUUGGUUUUUGGAAUCUGGGUGCUGUUGAGGAGUGUUAGGUCCUUGAGUGACUACAGAUGUUCCGGCUGGGCACCAGAAAUGGCCCCUAGGCCACAGUCUGUGUAUCAGGCACAUUCACCCCCCGAGGAGGGUAUGAAAUCAUGAGAAGUCUAGGGGAAGGGCUGGCUUCCUCAGACUGGGCCACAGUGUGGGUCUGUCUUGGGACUGCUAGUUACCAAGCUGCCUGCUACCCUGUCACUUGCUGAGAUGUGGCUGAGGCAGGAGGCCAGCCCAGGGAGGGACUGCAUUGAACUCAUCGGAAGCAGUAGCCCCGUAAUACUUGGGCUGGUUAGUAUCACGAAAGGGGAAGACUCUGUGCCCCUCUUUUUUAUUUCCUUGGUGGAUGAAUGAAUGCAGGAUUUAAUGAAGAUGAAUAAUUACUCCUUUGGGAGUACAGCUGCAGUAUAAUUCACUGGAAGUGCAAGUGUCAAUGAAAUGGAUUUGACUGAAGCUGUAGUUUAUAGGUGGGUGUGUGCUUUUUAGAUCAGACCAAGGUGGUUUACCUAGACUGUAUAUAGUUAGACACCGCUACCUUCUCCUAUGCCCCCCUCAAUUUUUUUUUUAAAUUAAAUACUGGGGAUUGACCUAGAACCUUGCUAGGCAAGUGCUCUACCACUGAGCUACAUCCCCGGUUCCCCCCAUCCCUUUUUAAUUAUUUUUUGAGACAGGGUCUCGCUAAGUUGCCCAGGCUGGCCUUGAACUUGGUGAUCUUCCUGCCUCAACCUCCCAAGUAGCUGGGAUUACAGGCAUGUACCGCUGUACCCGGCUUCAAAAAUUCUUGAUUAAAAGAAAAAAAAAAGAUUUUGUUAACGACAGGCCAUGUUGUAUGUGUUACUAUCCCAAGCCUGGAUUGUUUUAUUUAUUUGAAAAUGUUUUAAUUUCCAUAUUGGCUUUGUUCUAAAUCCUAUCCUUCCCUAUGAGGUUGCAGAGCAUCUUCAUGUAACUAAGUGGGUGAACAUAAAUAGAUCCAUACUCAUUUAGGAAGCUGACAGUUCUGUAAAGCUGAGGGUGAGUUCCUUUCAUUCUUGUUGGCUUCAACAAAAAAUGGAACACCAAGUUUUUACAUAUAGCAAAAGACCAAAUUAGCUGUAUAGUCCUGGAUGCAGAAAAAAGUUACCCUAGCUUUCUUAGCACUUAGGGUUUUGUGAGGAUUCAAUGUUUUAGCACAGUGUCUGGCACCUAGUAAGCCCUAGUAAAUGUUAAAAUAUUGUUAUUAGCAUUUCAUAAAGCCUGAGAAAUAAAGAGCUCACUCCCUAUCUGUUGAUUCAAAAUAACACCUACAUAAAAAUAUUAUUCCAAGUUGACCAAGUAUUGUAGGAAUUACUGGUUUAGAUUGUCCAAGUUCUGUGCCUACCCUGAUAGUUGAAAUCUUACUGUAUUCCUGAAUGCACUGAUUUGAAAAUAUGCCAGACUUCAGCUCCCAAUGAAACCAGCCUGCAAGACUUUAUUAACUGGAAUUGAAAAAGGUGAAGGUGACCUUUGGCCACAUACUGGACCUCACCCCACUGAUGUCUUCUGGAACAUUCCAGGGCUUUCUUUGAAGAACUUUUUGAGUUAGAAAUUUAAAGGAGAUCUCAGAUAGAUUGUAAACUUUGAAUUAAAGUUAAUCCUAUGCCUCUGCAAUGCAAUAAUGGAGACUUUCCUGUGUCAUUUAAGAGGAAAGAAUGACCAAUGAAAUUUAUACAUUCCCCAGGAAAUCCCUUUGCUGCCCCCUGCUGGUCAGGGUGGCUCUUAACAGGCUGGUUACCCCAUGUUUCCACCAAAUAAAGGUUAAUUCCAGGGCCUGGUCCCAGAGAAAACCCACCUCCCCAGGGAAAGCCACCUGAUGUCCAGGGCACAGAUUUUGGCCCUUUACAGAACAUUCCCCCAGAGGCUACUCUUGGUUUAAUGAUGUUUUCCCAACUCACUUAAAUAUCAGUUUUCUGUUUGUUUGGGGAGUUGGGGGGGGGUGGAUUUAGCCUCUUGCUUCCCUGGUGAAUUGUAAGGUUUUAUCUCCUGUCCGUCCAUGUCGACUCAACUCUGGAUAGAUUGUGAUUAUGGAAUAUGGGGGAAUUUUCUGGAGUUUGGUAUCUUUUUCAAAUUCCUUUGGUUUCUCUUCAGCUGAUCGGCAGUCUUACAGUUCUACGGUUGCGAUGAUUGGAAUUUACCUCCUUCAAAGCCUCACUCUCUAACCAAGAUUCUGCCGCGCCUUAAGACUGUCCCUCACCCCUUCCCUGACCCCCACAGCAGGAAAGGCAUGUGCCCAUUUGGCAGGCAGGGUCACUGACUAUGGAGGAUCGGUGGGAGAGGGAGAGUGGUAGUGGGCACUCAGAUGCAGUGGUGGGUCAGGAACCUUUCAUCUGUUGUGUCUGCCAAAGCUGAGAUGGUACAAACGUGAGAUGCAUCUUGCUCACUGUCCUGCCCAAGUACUAACAGGACCAUAGCAUAACAAUUGAUGCCAAAGGAUAUGGUGUAUCCCUUCUACUGUAGUUGCUGUCACAACCUUGAUGUUGUUAGCUAAUGGUCAUUAGCAUCUGUGUCUUCAAACAAAUCCUGGUACAACUGUUUUCUACUGUUCACUUCUGGGGUUAAGUCGUGCAGGAUUCUGCAAAUAAGGUGUCACUGUCCAAAUGUUACUGUACUGGCAUAGAGAGCUCUGCUUUGUUUUCCACUGUUGUAGAGAAAACUAGGGAGAACUUUAUUUUUCAAUAAACUUUUCUUGUGUGA